AUGAGCUCGCAAGUGAACCAGAUCCUCCCGUUGCAGGUGCAGAUCACUCAGAAAUGCGUUCGCGCCGCAGAAGACAGGAAGGUCAUCUUUGGCCGCAUCAAAGCGCUCGAAGAGUCAACUGCCGCGUGGCAGGAAGAGGUCAACGGCAAGCUCGAGACCAUGCACGCGGAACUGCGCACUGGCAUGGAGACGAUGCUCAGUCUCGCAUCCAAAACUCAGAAACCCUCCCCGGCAAAGGCCAAGAACGAGCCCGCAGCGACGUCGAGUGCCAGCAAAGGGCAGAAGAGAGCCAGUCCUGCGAGGAAGAAGGCGAGUCCAGCGAAUGCAAAAAAGGCGAAGCUUGCUCCGGCGCCUGAAGAGGCCUGCGAAGACGCCCCAGCGUCUGUCACUCCUGCCCCCGACUCACCGCCUGCCAAGGGCCAUCAAGAUCUCACUCAGGAAUGGGCUCAGAAGCAGCAGACACGUUAUCUGCAGCAGCGGCAACAGCUGCCGCAGCAGACGGAAAGAGCCCAGCACCAGCAGCAGGAGCAACAGAUUCGUCAGGCUUGCCCACAAUUCGAUGGUGCCUACCAGCAGCAGAAUCACUUCCAGUCGCUCUCUCAACCCUCGGGCUCUAUCAGCUAUCCGUCGACGUUCGAGGAGGUUCCGCUUCAAGCCAGACCUCGGACUGCAACGUCAUACACUCAUGCGCCUCAUCAAAGCUUGACCGUCUUCGAGAUGCCUCUCGGUCACUAG